AUGGCUAGUUUAAAUCAAGAAGGUUCAGAGUGGCGUGCUAAUGGCACAUCCGAUAAAGGCACUAUUUUGGUCACUGGAGGCGCAGGAUACAUUGGAAGCCACACCUGCGUCCAACUAUUAGAGGAGGGCUAUAGGGUAGUGGUGGUGGACAAUCUCGAUAACUCCUCCGAGGAAGCUAUCACUCGCGUCGUGGAGCUGACCGGCGACAAGGGAAGAAAUCUGACCUUCUUCAAGGUUGAUCUGUUGGACCGUCCUCUUCUGGAGGAGGUUUUUAAGCACACUGCUUUCGACGCCGUGAUUCACUUCGCGGGGCUCAAGGCGGUGGGCGAGAGCGUGCAGCAGCCGCUACGGUACUACCACAACAACAUCACGGGCACCAUCGUGCUGCUGGAGCUCAUGGCGCAGUACGGCUGUAGCAAGAUAGUGUUCUCAUCAUCCGCCACGGUGUACGGGCAGCCCAAGAGGGUGCCGUGCACAGAGGAGGACGAGCUGCAGACGCUCAACCCAUACGGCCGAACCAAACUGUACAUAGAGAACAUGCUGCGGGACAUGCAGGCGGCGUCAGCGGGGUGGCAGGUGCUGCUGCUGCGGUACUUCAACCCCGUGGGCGCGCACCCGUCGGGGCGCAUAGGCGAGGACCCCCAGGGCAUCCCCAACAACCUCAUGCCCUUCAUCCAGCAGGUCGCCGUGGGCCGCCGCCCGUUCCUCUCCGUGUUUGGGGAUGACUAUCCCACGCGCGACGGCACAGGGGUGCGGGACUACAUCCACGUCAUGGACCUUGCAGCAGGCCACACUGCAGCACUUCGCAAGAUCUUCACCACGCCCACCCUCACCUGCGACGUCUACAACCUCGGCACGGGGCGCGGGCAGUCCGUGCUGGAGAUGGUAGCAGGCUUUGAGAAGGCUUCCGGCAGGGAGAUUCCAGUCAAGAUGUGCCCCAGGCGACCGGGCGACUGCUCUGAGGUCUAUGCGCUGACGGAUAAGGCUGAGAGGGAGCUGAAAUGGAGGGCGGGUUUGACUCUGGAUGAUAUGUGCCGGGGUCAAUGGAACUGGGCUAGGGAUAACCCGUGGGGUUAUUCGAACCCGCCUGAGGAGGCGCAAGCAGAGCAAGUAGUGGUUGUGGAGGGGGAAGGAGAGGGUAAAGGCGGAAAAGCAGAGGCGGCUAAGGGGAGUCCUGUGAGUGAGCCACGCACGCCGCCCCUCCUGCCGGCCAGUCCUGAGACGAAUGUGAAUUCGAGCGAAUCGGCGACAAGCUCGGCGGGGUCUGCUCCUUCGCCUUGUGUGCUGGAUUCUACACCUCCUGUUGUGGCACAUAAGGGGUCGCUUGUUCGCGCUGGGUCUGGGUCGAGUGUGGACUCGUUAGAAGAGCUGACUCAACUGGGGGGUUCUCAAGCAGUAGCGUGA